AGAAGAUAAAAGUAGUAUUGCUAACUGAGUCAACUGACUCUAUUUGACGUCUUUCUCUCGCCGCCUCUGACGCCUCCGACGAGAGAGCCACCGCGAAAGAUUCAACAAACCAAUGUCGCAGUCGCAGUUUUCCUCGCUCCCUGAGGACAUAGCGUGGCAAAUCCUAGCCCGUGUGCCGAAACGCAAAUACCCACUCCUCGCUUGCGUCUCCAAGAACUUCACUUAUCUUGUUCGCUCGCCGGAGAUUCACAAGAUUCGCUCUCUCCUCCGCAAAGAUUCCCUCUACCUCUGCUUCAUGGACAAAACCAACCGUCCCCAGACCCCACACUGGUUCACUCUGCGCAGAAGAACCGAGAAUAACGAUGAUCAGUUCGUCUCCGCCGAUCUUGGGUUUCCUGAUCACGACGAGUCCAACUUCUCGCUCAUCGCAUAUGGUCCGGAGAUUUUCUUUAUAGGCGGAGUACACGUUCACUCGUCAAGCUUGUGGGUCUUCGACUCUCGCUCCGAAGAGUUUCGCCAAGGACCGAGCAUGAACGUGACCCGAGUGUACAAGAGCGUGGGGUUAGUCGGGAGCAAGAUAUGCGUGGUGGGAGGCAACAUGGCCGGUGACAUUCAAGCCGAGUCGUUUGACCUAAGGACGCAGACGGCUUGGGAGCCAGCGCCGGAUCCCGAGGAAGAUAUGUCGUGGCUCUCGGCAGCCGCGGUGUCGUUAGACAGGAAGGUUUGCGCGUUAAUGCUCGUUGGAGCCUACACUCUUUGCUACGACCCUAGGGAUGGUUCUUGCACGUCUUUUAAAAUAAAAAUCGCUGAGUGGUGGAAAACAGGUGCAUGCGUGAUCGACAAUGUGCUCUACAUUUACUACUCUCGGUUCGGGUUGAUGUGGUACGACUCUAAGAGGACGCGGUGGAGAGUGGUAACUGGUUUGGAUGAUCUCAAAAGGAUUCGAUCCGUUGGGAUGGCGGAGUACUAUGGAAAGUUGGCGCUUUUGUGGAAAGAGCAUGAUGGUGGUGCAACGAAGGAGAUUUGGUGUAGGAUGAUUGCUUUGGAUAGGAGUGGAGAUGGGAUCAGUGGGACUGCAGAAGAAUCGUCUCAGCUUCUGGGGAGUGUCCCUCGUUGCUUUAGAUUGCACCGUGUUCUAUCUGUUUCAGACUAGAGAGGAUAUAGACUGAGCUAAUUAUUUUGAUGGGACUAUAAUCUAUAUGCUCUGUUUCUUUGUUUUUCCUACAUCUUUCCAGAGACUUAAACAAGAUUGUUCUGUGUUUGCUAAUGAGAACGAAGCCUUAAACGAGU